AGCUGAGCUGGAGGACAGCGUGGGCUUGGUGGAGAGCGUGCUGGGUAAAGCUGCAGAAGCGGGCAGUCGAGCUCCCGGGACGGCGAGGGGUGGUAUUGAUAGCGAUCAAGAAGAGAAGUGAAGGAACUACAACUGAUUUCUAUAUUGCAAUUUGAUAAAAAUGUUUUUGCACUAGAAGCUUGAACAUUCUUGCUUCUUAUGGAGGUGUUAUAAAUAACAAAUGGCUAAGGUUCUGUAAAACAUAACCACCAGUCUGAAACAUGGAGACGCAGCUAGACCCCACGAAGGAUGACUUGCCCUUAAUGGCCAACACUAGCCACAUGCUUGUAAAGCACUAUGUUUUGGACUUGGAUGUGGAUUUUAAAAGUCGAGUUAUAGAAGGAAUCAUAGUUUUAUUUUUGGAGACAGGGAGCAGAUACAGGAAAGCCAGUAGUACUGAUAAAAAAGGCUGCCAGUCACACCUUAAUGAAACCUGUAAAACUGGGGCAUCAGAACCUUGCCAUGUUUCUGUGUCAAAUGCAAGUGUCUUCUCAUCUGAAGCAGAAUAUAGCAAUUUAGCUGUCUGUCGUAAAGGUGGAAAAGAUACUUCUGAUAAAAACGGUAACCAUAGCAAUGAGAAGCAAACUUCUGGGAUUUCUAGUUCAAAGAAUUGCUGUGACAAAGAGAACCAUGGGAACAAGGAUUUUCUGCUGGUAUUGGACUGCUGCGAUUUAUCUGUGCUAAAGGUUGAGGAGGUAGAUAUUGCUGCUGUGUCAGGCAUUGAGAAAUUCACCAUGUCUGCUGAACUAACUGAUGUUUCAAAGGAGUUGGAAAAUCUCAGAAAUCAGAUUGUACAUGAACUUGUGACUUUACCUUCGGAUCGCUGUCAGGAACAGCUACACUAUUUCACUUGCUGCAGCCAGGCACCUGGCUGUGGAGAGCUUGAGUUUACUACUGGUCGCUGGAGCUUGGAGAUAAGGAAACAGGGAGUUCAGACUCCAACAGACUUUCCUCAUGCUAUAAGAAUACGGUACAAAACCAAACCUGAGGGAAGAUCUGUUACAUGGACUACCGACCAGAGUGGCAGGCCAUGUGUUUAUACGAUGGGAUCACCGAUAAACAACAGAGCCCUUUUCCCGUGCCAAGAACCACCCAUUGCCUCGUCAACGUGGCAAGCGUCAGUCCGAGCAUCGGCAGGCUUUGUUGUAUUGAUGAGUGGUGAAAACUCAGCAGAACCAGUCCAGCUUCAAGAAGGUAUCACGAGCUGGUACUACUAUGUAACUAUGCCAAUGCCAGCAUCCACCUUCACUAUUGCUGUAGGCUGCUGGCAGGAAGUCAAACAGCAGUGCUUCGCGGCUGAUAUCCAGACAGAAGAUGAGUUUUCCAUGCCAUUUUCACAAGAUGAUUUCAGAUGGCAUAAAGAAAGCUGUGGUCAUGUGGAAUAUCCCUGCCGUUUCCAAAAUCCUGCUGCCACAUUGCAAAGAGUCAUUCCCUAUAGAGUCUUUGCUCCCUUGUGCCUCAUGGAACACUGUGAAGAACAUUUACUUCAGCUUAUUCCUCAGUGCCUCUCAGCUGCUUACUCCACACUGGGCACCCAUCCCUUUUCCAGGCUUGAUGUUUUGAUAGUUCCUUCAAACUUUUCCAGCCUGGGAAUGGCUAGCCCACACAUCAUCUUCUUGUCACAGAGUGUAUUGCCUGGAGGGAGCCAUCUCUGUGGAACACGUCUGUGCCACGAAAUUGCUCAUUCUUGGUUUGGAUUGGCCAUUGGUGCUCGUGAUUGGACUGAAGAGUGGAUAAGUGAAGGGUUUGCCACUUUUUUAGAAGAUGUAUUUUGGGCUAGGGCUCAACAGCAGCUUUCGUGUGAUGAAGAAAAAGAGCAGCAGGAAUUGAAAGCUUUACUUCGCUGGCGACGACUCAGAGAUGAGGUGCAGAACUCUGAAGAAGAGCUGCAAGUUUUAAGGCCUCACAAGGAGAGUACGGGAGAAGUGAGUGAAUCUGGAGCAUCUUUUGUCAAACAUGGUCUUAAAGCAGAAAAAGUAUUCAUGCAAGUUCAUUAUUUAAAGGGUUAUUUUCUUUUGCGGUCUCUGGCAAGUACAUUAGGAGAGGCUUCAUACCUUGCAUCUUUACGAAAAUUCAUCCAUAAAUUCCACGGACAGCUUGUUCUUUCUCAGGAUUUUCUUUCUACGCUGUUGGAAGACAUACCUGAACAAAAAGAGUCUGAGUUAACUGUUGAAAGUAUCUCCCAGAAUUGGCUUGAUACUUCAGGCAUACCAAAGCCGCUGCUGGAGGAGGGCGAGACCUGGAAGGAGUGCAAGCUCGUGCAGCAAGUGAGCGCCGAGGUCACAAAAUGGAUUCAGGCAAACCAGAGGAUCAGAAAAAGCAGCAAAAAGAAAAGAAAGCAGGACGAAGUUGUUUUUCAGAAGCAUAUCUGGUAUAGCUGCUGAUGGAGCCCUGGGUGUGGCUGUCUAAAAACAGGAACUUCUGAAGAAGACAAUACAGUUGCCACCAACAGUUCACAUUUGUGAAUUUAUCAUACAUCAAGGAACUUUACAUGUGAAAACUUCAAAAAUGGAUAAUGUUGUGCAAAUCACGAUCAAAGUUGUGAAUUUCAUAAUGUCCAAUGGAUUCAGUCAUCAUGAAUUCCAGGAGUUUCUUCAAAGAAUGGAUGCUGAUUAUGGGGACGUCAUUAACUUUUCUGAAGGAAGGUGUCUAAGUCAAGGUAAAAUACUGUCUUAUGACUAACAAAAUCAUAUCAGGUCACGUAU